AUGGCCAACAACUCGAGUCCUACUUGCGCCGGUCUCGAUUCUUUCCGAGCCUUUGACGAGUAUGUGGACAAACUUAGAAGCGAGACUUCAUUGAACGAGAGUUCCCUGGAAAAUUGCCGGAUUCAAAUAUGCCAUGCCCUCUGGGGUGAAAGCAAUCCAGACAUUUCAGGCAUCGGCAUUUUCAUUGGAUACACCAUUGAGAUUGCUUUAGGCUUCCUCCUGGCCGUUCUUUUCCUCGGUAUCAGCCGAUAUCAGGGGCAAAACCAGAAGCUCUUCCAGACAGCAGUCAAAGUUGGUCUCGAGGCAUUCUUUGAUUUUGCGAUCUACUUUGCUAUAUCAGUGGCAAUAGCCGUACUCGUCAUGCUAUACAAGAAUGACUAUGGUAUCUCAACGGAAGGUUUCGGUGCUAACGAAGCACACAUGGGCUUGGCGUUAUCAGUGACUUGCGUCUUGCCCUUAUUCUACCCGGUCGGGCUUCUAAGCACCAAGUCGUUGCAAAGACCGGCCAAAAGCCGAACGAUAUCGAAUGAAGAGCCACACGAGAAAGACGAAAAGGAGAACCUUCGUUUACUACUCUUUUGCCUGUUGGCAGUUCUCAUUUUCUAUCCAUUCGUGUCAAAGUGCAUCCACACAUGGAAACCUUCCCAGAUCGGCACUGCCAAAGGCCCAGAAGGCCGUACGCUGAUCACGAGAGAAGAGUGGAAUCGGAUCGAGAACAUGUGCUUUGGUUCCACUUCUUUCUUCACAGACACGGAGCAAGUUAUACUGGCAGUCUUUGAAUUUCUGGCCUCGAUUUCGAUUUUCCUGUUUGCGAUUUGGCGAGUAAGUGGUGCCGUCGUCCGCAAGAUGGAAGAAGAUGAUGUCGCUGUAGGCGACCGACGCCAAAAAACUGCUAAAUUGAAGAAGAUGCGAGAGCUCAUACAGAAGGCCUGGGAGCAGCGCGCAAUUAUGCAGAUAUCUUUGCUUCUGGUGCCUGUCGUACUAGGUGGCCCGCUCCUGUGGAGCGUUUUUCGCCUGCGAACGAUACAAGCAGCCAUCGCAGAAAGACUAGAGAGCACGUAUUCAGGAAACGAUUGGGGCUUUGGACAAAUAAUCGGAAUCAUCAUAUUCGUGCCCAUAUUCACCGAAAUGGCUUUUGCUAGUUGGAGAUCACGAUCCUCAUCGCAGCCUGCCGCGGGCGAGUCAGAGGCUUCACGACCGAUUUAA